CUCCAUCGCUUCCCUUCGUCUCUCUCCCCGCACCUCGAUAAAGAGUUGCGCUCUUGCUUUGAGCUCGGCAGCUGCGAGUGAACCGUUGGAGGGUGAGCAUCGUGAGAGCGCGUUCCUAUUUCGCAGGGCUUCCCCCGUACUCGAAAAAACGCUAACCCUGAGGGCAUACAAAAUAGGCAUCCCCAGUCAGCUGUGUUUCCAUAACAAAGCAAAGGACAACACGACGCGAACGCUGAGAGGCGCAUUGCCCAACACAGCGGUGCUCUGGAUACUAGUGAUCAGCAGCGUGCAUCUUCGCGACGAGUCGCCAUGCCCCAGCAACAGCAGCACAACCCGGAGGUGGUGGUGCGUUACGGACUGGACUCGUACGUGCCCGCUAGCGACCUACGGCCGGAGCCGGGUGAUAUAAUCGAGAUCGAUCGCACUCUUUACGCUCACUGGGCGCUCUACGUGGGCAACGGCGAUGUCGUGCACGUGGUGGGCCGCAAUGAAGAGGACAUCCCCACGGACUUUGCGUACGUGCACCUGAGCAAGCUGACCGAUGUGGCCGGCUACAGCGGGGUGCGCGUCAACAACAAGGAAGUGCGCGCCAAGGAGCGCAACCUGGUGCCUUCUUCGGUGGCCGAAACGCUGGAGCGGGCCUACGCCAUGCUCGACCGGGAAGUAGAGUUCAACUUCCUCACCCGGAACGGGGAGUACUACGCAACGCAAUGGAAGUUCGGCAUCGGAUGGAGCGACCAGGCCACCGUGACGCUGAGCGUGAUGAAGCCUUGGGCGAAGAACAUUCAAGCGGGCCACACGUAUUUCCUGGCAGGACUGCAGGCCGUCUUCGCAACGCCCACCUCAGCGGCCAUCGCUAGGAUUGCGCCCAGCUCGCCGAGGACGCCGCAGAAGAACGCUCCCACGAGCGUCGCCUAAACGUGCGCCCGGUGGCGUCCCGUACGGACGAUCAUUCGCUCGCCUGCGUGGGGUGCGCGCACCGAAGAGGACGCUGUUCGCGGCGCGUCUGUGUGUACAAAGUCAAUCCGUUUUGUUAGCAUACCUCGAAGAAACCGUUGUUCGAGGAGAGGUUUUUCAAAGCGUGCAUAGAGAAAUAUGCUGCGUCCCGGGGCACGAUCUCAGCGGGACGUUCUGCCCCAGCCACCGAUGUUCUGUGGACGUGGGUGCCUUCCGAGAGGGUAUUGUCGCGAACGGAAGAAAAACGACCACCUUUCUUUGAGUGUGUCGCCCUGUUGGCGACAGUUGUUGGCAGUCAGAUCUGUGAUGCAGGGUACGCGAAGUUGAACGAACAAGUGUGACUUUUUUUUUUUACUUUUCUACCGUUCCUUUUUGGAAAAGUAAGCUUUUGUAUUUUUUUUUUGUAGGUCACGUUUACUGCCCCGGCCAAAUUACGCUGGCGUUCUCGCUCGAUGUUGUAGUCCGGACCUUCAGACUUUGCACAAAGUUUCAUAUACAUAGGCUUUUAAGAAGUUUGGGCAGCUGUUUCGAUUCCGCUCGUAAGUUAUUCCGCGAGACACUGUCAGAGGCAGAAACUCGAUGCGUGAGGUUAGGACGAGACCAUGAAAGACUUGAAGCGAGUUUUUGUCUUCCUAGUCAUUAUUUUCUUUGUGCAAAGCACGAAAGUACCAUUUUUGUUCCGGUAACGAAAAAAAAAAAACAAGGUUACCUACCGUGCGUUAUUUUACAAAAACGAUCACAAAUUUUAAGAAAUAAUCAUUAGUGCUUCAAGAUUUUUUUUCUUAUACAAUUAGGUCCGGGCGAACUUCAGUACGCACGGAUAGAAAAAGAAUAAAAAAAAUACGACUCCGCGAGUGCUCUUGCUCAAGGGAGAAAGUGCGUUGUUGCCAACUGCCUCGAUUCAGUUUCUGCCAUAGGUAUUUUCCAUUUCUCAUGUUCAUGUGUGACAUUCGGGGACGCCGUUCCAUCACUGUACAUAUCCCAUGCUUGUUAGUGUCUGUAAAUAGCACCACAAUCACGCGCUGUUUCCUCGCAAUGUUUGUAAGUAGUCCGCACUGUACUGGUGGCCUUGUCACAAUAGCUUCUUAACUCAAAGCUAACUUAAGAAAAAUUUAAAUGAGCACCCCGAGCUUGUCGCUCGGUGCAUGUAUAUUUUGUUUCCUUACGAAUAGUGAGCUACAGUCGCAGGCUUUACGAGUAUAUAGCGAAGCCGAUAGGGCGUUUUUCCAGCAAAACAAAUUUGGGGCGCACGUGUCCCGGAUGAACCGGUAUGAUAUCGAAUGGCCACUGCCCAUUGCGUCGUUCGCACGUGAAGCCAUCGAUUGAUUGAUUUGUGGGGUUUAACGCCCCAAAACCAGUGAAGCCAUCGGUAGAGAAGCUUCCGUAGAGAUUAAGUAAAUCUCUUGUUCCAUAAAAAUGAAGCAUUUAGAGAAACAGAAAAAAGUGCGUGAUGGCGCUCACACGACGAUAUUUUAUUCUGCCAGAACGCAACUUCGCUACCGUAUUUUUGUGCUAAUGUGCCACAACGAUCUCUAAAAGCGAAGGAAAGAGAUAUGGUUUGCAAGUGGAGAGAGAGAGGUAAACGUUUAUUUUGAAUUCGAAGUGGAGGAAAGAAAAAAAAAGUUGCGUGUAGGACAGAAUAGCAAUAUUUUUCGAGACCUUUCGGCAAGUGUGGUCCAGUUACCUGUGAUUGUUGUAUUUAUUUUGUUUUCUCUGCUCCAUCCCGGUUCUAUUAAUUUAACAUUGCAGCGUCGAGAUGUUUUCAGCGCCUUAUGGAGUACGCCUCUUCCGUUUUCUUUUUUUUUUUUUCGCGAAAUGCGAUUUCAGAAAAAAAAAAAGAGGCGCGCGUGGGAUGUCGAGUGAUAUCGGAAAGUGUGUGCGCGUAUGCAAACGCGAUUUGUUGUGAUCACCGACUGACGAGUCGAAUUGUGACGCCGAAGUGUGCCAGACCCUUUUAGAGGAUGUGUUCUUUUCUUGCCGCGUUGUUCGUGAAAGAUGGGAGUGGGAAAAGCCUUUGCCUGUAGGGGACGCGCUGUUUUCUGAAGUGUAUGUGAUGCUCUUCCUGGGCAAAGCUUCCCUUCCCGAUGUUACCAGUUGCGAAGCAACCCCUCUAUAUCCACCUCCCCAUUGUGGCCGCUUGAAUAGGCUACAGCAGCUCGCUCUUCACAAUAAAUGUCGGGUUUCAGCGUCCCGAAACCUCGAUAGUGAUUAGCAGCUUGCUUAUUAGCAACCAAGCAAAAGUGCCACUGUUGUCAAUUAGGCGCCGAUGAUUCGGCAUUUACAGCGCGAGUUUAUCUGUUAUAGAUGGUGCUAGAGUUAUUAAGUUUGAUGGCAUCUGUGGCGGCUCUGCAACUGGUACAGCUAUCAUGAAAGCUUUGCUUUCUGAGGACCACAUUUUUCGUUCUUUUUUUUUUUCCUGUCCAAUAAGUGCGUCGCAGCUCUCUGGGCGAUACCUGUCGCGGCGGGACGCAAAUGAAAAAAAAAAAAGAAAACCAUGUAGAAGACAAGGCUCUUCAGCAUUUUUACCUACCGUUACCAAUUAAAAACAAUCCAUUUGUUCCUGCGCUCUCGUCCGUGACACAAGCACGGCUUGCGAGAACAACCUGCCCAUUCUUUUUUUAUUCAAAUCUCCUCUCUUGUUUGUACAUACGUGUUCACAGUCGCGCAAUGUGAUCAUUAUCACCGUCAUCGUCACGAUAUCGCAACCACUACCGCUUUCAACCCGCCCUGUGUUUUUUUUUUUUUUUGUACAUAGAACGCGAUCUUUGAGUUAUAUUGAAUUGUUUCGCGAGAUAAGAAAAUACGAUUGCUUUAAUAAAGGAGCGUUACCAGAA